CCAUUUCCCCAUUUCCCAUUUCCCAUUCCCCUUCGCGGCUAGAGGUUGGCGUUGCAGAUAUGCCGCGGCUGUCCACCCCUCAAAUAAAAAGUACUAGGUCUAUAAUUGCACCUUUUCUUUCGGUUAAAAGUUGUAUUCCUCAGCUGGUGACUCUCAACUUGCACAUGAAUCUGAAUUCGAGAGGAGGGGUGUGGCUCCCAGAAUUUCCAGAAUUUACUUGUCUCAAGGACUUAUCAAUGAGUGUUAUCGCAACUGAUCGGCUAAGCCUCCUUGCUUUGACUAAACUGAUAGAGCGGUCUCCUUUCUUGCAUGGAUUUACAUUGAAGUUGAGAUGGGUACGCGACUCGUGUCAGAGGAAUAUGCAGAAGGUUAAUAAAUGUCCUCAUCAGUGCCUUAAGGUGGUGAAAUUUUCUGGGUUCGUUGGGUCUGUUAUCGAUACUGAGCUUGCCAUGUACUUCACUGAGAAUGCCGUCGCGCUUGAAAAGUUUAUCGUCGAUCUCAAAAAGGUUGUCGUUGAAGAAUCCACUCCAUUGUCUGAAUUUGUUACAACCCAGAAAAAAAUGAGGGCAACAAGAAAGCGGGCCUUGCAGAUUGGAGAAAAACUACCUCCAGGAGCUGAGUUAAUUGUUUUGUGAUUUCACUUGUUUUAGUCCUCUUUGCUACAGACUUUUUGCAGCAUGUAAUUUGCUACUAUUUAUUUCUGACAUUUUCCGAAAUAAUGUUUGUGUGGUGAACAAGGAUGACAGUUUGGUACUUGAUUGAUUUCUUGCAAUAUGUAGAUUCUUGAAUGAGUUGGAGUUGGAGACAAAAUGAGAAAGGACAUGUCAUUUGCA